AUGUCGCAUACCGGUACCUUUAGGGGAACGCCCAAUAAGACCAUCGGGAGAGGAAGGCUGCCCGACUUCGAAAACUCGGGCGGUUCGCACAUCCCCCGUCCCCGUUCAGACCGUCCUGAAUCCUCCGCCGCCUCCACCACCAACACCCCUUCCAGCGACGUCGGAAGCGGCACCAUGAGCGCCGCAAGCACCAGACAACGACAGAAUCAGUCGAAGCGUGAUGAGGCCAUUCGCCGCAAAAUGGAGGCCGACCUCAAUAAAAAGAGACAUCACCCGACCAAGGCUCGCAACUCCCGCAAGGCCCCUCCCGGCACUGUCCUGGCUCUGAAGCCCAGCCAGGCACUUCAGAUCAAGCCCUCCCUUAGCAUCGCAGAGGCCGCACAAAUGAUGGCCGCUAAGCGCGAGGAUUGUGUGUUGGUGACGGACGAUGAUGAGCGCAUUGCCGGUAUCUUUACCGCAAAGGAUCUUGCUUUCCGUGUUAUCGGUAUGGGAUUGAAGGCUCGCGAGAUUUCGGUCGCCGAGAUUAUGACCAAGAACCCCCUGUGCGCACGAACGGACACUAGCGCUACCGAUGCCCUCGACCUGAUGGUGCGAAAGGGUUUCCGACACUUGCCGGUGAUGGACGAGAACCAGGAUAUUUCCGGUGUUUUGGAUAUCACUAAGUGCUUCUACGAUGCAAUGGAGAAGCUGGAGCGCGCCUACAGUUCUUCGCGGAAGCUGUAUGACGCAUUGGAAGGUGUUCAGACCGAGCUUGGCUCCAGCCAGCCCCAGCAGGUCAUUCAGUAUGUCGAAGCGCUCCGAUCCAAGAUGUCCGGCCCGACUCUCGAGACCGUGCUCGACGGUAUGCCGCCAGUGACCGUGUCCGUCCGAACCUCCGUCAAGGAUGCCGCCGCUCUGAUGAAAGAGCACCACACCACCGCUCUGCUCGUGCAGGACCAGGGCUCCAUUACCGGUAUCUUCACCAGCAAGGAUAUUGUCUUGCGUGUCAUUGCCCCCGGUCUUGACCCUGCCAACUGCAGUGUCGUCCGUGUGAUGACCCCCCACCCCGACUUCGCCCCGUCCGAUAUGAGCAUCCAGGCAGCUCUUCGGAAAAUGCACGAUGGCCACUAUCUGAACCUUCCCGUUAUGAAUGAGUCCGGUGAGAUUGUGGGCAUGGUCGAUGUGUUGAAGCUCACCUAUGCUACUUUGGAGCAGAUCAACACUAUGCAAACCCACGACGACGAGGGUCCCGCAUGGAACAAAUUUUGGCUCUCGAUGGAUCACGAAUCCGAUUCGAUGGUCUCUGGCAGUCAAAGUCAGCAGCCUCAUACGCCACAUCGCUCCGUCAUGAGCCCCGACUUGACCCGCUCGGCCUACGAUAACAGUGUUCUCCCGAACGAGUCUGCUUCCCACCACGGCGGCGAGGAGCACUCCGAAGUUGCUUCUCAGCAACAUCAUCUCCACCAGCCGGCGGAGGAUGCGCCUUUCCCAUUCAAGUUCAAAGCCCCUAGCGGCCGGGUGCACCGUGUUAAUGUUCUCACCUCCGCUGGAGUGGUGGAUCUGGUCGCGCAGGUCACCGCUAAGCUCGGCGCCGAGCUUGAGGCCGUUGGUGGUGAGGCUGUGGUCGAGGAAGGUCGCCUGAGCAACACCGGCUACGCCCUCAGCUACAUGGACAAUGAGGGCGAUACCGUCUCGAUAACCACCGACCAAGAUAUGCUCGAUGCUAUCAACCUUGCCCGCCGCACCCACCGUGACAAGGUCGAUCUCUUUGUUCACGACCCUGCCCAACCCCCUAUUCCCGCUACCUUGGAGCCGCAGCCUGCCAAGCCUGCUACUCCCGUCAUCGAGCAGAGCAGCCCUAUUGUCGAGGAGACUCCUUCUGAAGAGCCUAUUGCUAGCAAGCCCCGUCAGCACCAGUCCUUCUCCACGCACUCUCACCACCCCGAGGAGCAACUCAUCGCCGGUGUCCCCAACGACCUGCUUCUCCCCGGAGCUAUUGUCACUCUGGCCGCGGUCAUUGCGGGCGUGUUCAUUCUCAGCCGACCCAGCGGCCGCUAA